UUCUUCUCUCCACGUAGUCUUUUUCCUGUUGGUGUCAAAUAUGCAAUCUAUUGCACUGACUGUGGUAGUGUAGCCCUGUUUGUUUGGAUAUUUUGUACAUGGGGCUAAGAAGCUGAAAAGUAAGAAGCUGCUGAUAAAAGACUGGUUUCCGGACAGAUAUGUCCGGAGUUGGAGGAAUCCGGAAUGGCAGCCCCGAGUGGGGAGGUUUUGAUGACAACAUAAUACAGGGAGGUGGCUCUGCAGUCAUUGACAUGGAGAACAUGGAUGACACAUCAGGGUCCAGUUUUGAAGAUAUGGGUGAAAUGCACCAGCGAAUGAAGGAGGAGGAAGACGAAGUUGACCCAGACAUGGCUGCUGCAGAGGAUGAGGAUGGAGAGUUUCUGGGUGUGAAAGGGCUCAAAGGACAGCUUGGCCGUCAGGUAGCGGAUCAGGUGUGGCAAGCUGGAAAGAGACAAGCAUCCAAGGCCUUUAACCUCUAUGCCAACAUUGACAUUCUCAGGCCCUACUUUGAUGUGGAGCCCAUCCAAGUCAGGAACAGGUUAUUGGAGUCCCUGAUACCAGUAAGGACGUUCAGCAUUCCUCAGAAAAUUGCUGGAGAGCUGUAUGGUCCAUUGAUGCUAGUUUUCACCCUGGUUGCCAUCCUUCUGCAUGGAAUGAAGACAUCAGGAACUGUCAUUAGAGAAGGCACUUUGAUGGGAACAGCCAUUGGCACAUGUUUUGGUUACUGGCUUGGAGUCUCUUCUUUCAUUUACUUCCUGGCAUACCUGUGCAAUGCUCAGAUCACAAUGCUGCAAAUGAUGUCAUUGCUGGGUUAUGGACUGUUUGGACACUGCAUUGUCUUGUUUGUGACCUACAAUGUACAUUUCCAUUUCCUGUUCUACGUUUUCUGGCUUGUGAUUGGAGGACUGUCUACCCUUAGAGUGGUUAGCAUCCUGGUAUCUCGUACAGUUGGAUCAACACAGAGGCUGAUACUUUGUGGAACUGUGUCUGCUCUGCAUAUGCUGUUUCUUCUUUAUCUUCACUUUGCUUAUCAUAAAGUUGUUGAAGGUAUCUUGGAUACUUUGGAAGGACCAAAUAUUCCCCCAUUUCAGAGAGUUCCUCGAGACAUCCAGUUGGUUUCGAAUAAUGUUGUAAAUGCCACUGUCAAAACAAUUGGACUGCUUCUAGAGACACAUUAAUGUAAAACUGGUCACACUGGGAAUAUAAAUUGACAAGUGUGGAGUGGUUUGAAGACUGUGACAUAUUUCCUGCACAGUGGAAUCACAGAACAGGCUCCUUAAUGGUCACCAAGAGUGCUGAUUUCAUCAUAAAGAAAAUAAGAAGCAAUUUCAGCUUAUCAACUUCAGCUUUUCUAUAAACUUCUGAAGAGUCACUCUCUGAAACUUUGCUUAUCCCUCUGCACUUUCAUUUUUUGUCUCCAGGGGAUUAACCUAAUCAUCUGGAAUUGUUUUCCAUGUUAUUAGCUGUAUGUAAAAUAAUUGUAAAAUUAGCUUGUGUUUUUUGUUAUUUUAAUAUUUUUACUCUGGAUGUUUGUUUCUGAGGGUUUAUCUUUCUAAAAGAGGGUAAUAAAUAAACCAUGCUGUCACGUUUUA